ACCUUCGGGGCAACAACCGUGAAACUGGAUUUACCGUCGAUUUCUUCAGUGCAAACCCGGGGACCGACCGACGUGUCGUAUUACAACGCUCACCCGGCUCAGAGGCCGUCGUACAUGAACAGCGAGAGAGUGCCGUCUCUUCCAUUGCCCAACCUACAUCAGGCGUACUCAUCGGGUACCUCGUCACCCCGGGUCAGCUCAAUCGGCUCCGCUUCAAGCUCUCACGCAGGCUCGCAGUCGUCCUUCACGUCGGCCGCAUCCUCCCACGGACCCAAGACACCUUCUCCCACUCUGCCCAUCAACGCGGCGAUCCCUGGAUCUUCCGGUCAGCCAAUUGGUGGUUACGAGCAUUACCCCGCCAUGAAUCAACCUGCAGCAGACAUGUACUAUCAGCAACAUAUUUCUGCCGGCCAAGCGCCACCGCCCCAGACCGUGACGUCCGGCGCAAUGUCUUACCACUCCCAGCCACCGCCGUUACAGCCAAGCCAUCUGCCUCAAUAUCAGCAGCAGACUCAAUACGGCCAGCCGUACGGUUAUGCCAAUGGCUUGACUUCGCCUCAAAGCGCUCCCGUGAACAACGGAAUGGGUGGACAGAACGUGCUGCCUCUCCCAGGUGUCAACCCUGGAGGUUUCCAGGGUUUCGACACCACUGGUCAAGUCGCCCCUCCCGGUAUGAAACCCAGAGUCACGGCCACUUUGUGGGAGGAUGAAGGCAGCCUGUGCUUCCAGGUUGAGGCACGAGGCAUCUGUGUUGCGCGUCGCGAGGAUAAUCACAUGAUCAAUGGCACCAAGCUAUUGAACGUCGCGGGUAUGACCCGCGGUCGCCGCGAUGGAAUUCUCAAGAGCGAGAAAGUGAGACACGUCGUAAAGAUUGGCCCUAUGCACCUUAAGGGUGUCUGGAUCCCUUUUGAGAGAGCUUUGGACUUUGCAAACAAGGAGAAGAUCACCGAACUGCUCUAUCCCCUCUUCGUCCACAACAUUGGCGCUCUGCUCUACCACCCCACGAACCAGACUCGCACCAACCAAGUCAUGGCUGCUGCUGAACGCCGCAAGGCAGAACAGAGCCAGAUGCGCGGUGCCCCUCAGAAUGGCGCCCCUGGGCUGCCGUCUAUUCAACAGCACCAUCAUCACUCUAUGGGACUGCCUGGACCUCAGCAACCACUGCCGUCCCAUGCUAACAUGGGCCGUCCCACUCUCGACCGCGCCCACACGUUUCCUACUCCCCCGACUAGCGCUUCUAGCGUAAUGGGUGGCAGCAUGGGCGCCUCAGACAACGGAUUCCAGUGGGCUCAAUCUCAAGGAAUGACCAACGCGCAGCCCCAGAACCCCAUGUCUAUUGACACUGGCCUCAGCAAUGCCCGUUCCAUGCCGGCAACUCCUGCCUCCACACCGCCUGGCUCCACCAUUCAGAACAUGCAGCCCUAUCAGACCGGCACACAGCAAUACGACAGCUCGAGGGCCAUGUACAACCAGUCUUCUCAGCAGUCCCCUUACCAAACCAGCCAGGGCUCGCAAGAUCGCUCCGUAUACGGCCAGAACGACCCAUACGCUAAGAGCGAUAUGGGUCCUCCGUCAGCACGGCCCGCUGCAACGAGCGCCACCCAGGAUCAGAAGCCCUCAAACGGCAUCAUGCAUCCUGAUUCCAAUGCUCCUCAGCCUGCGGGCGAGGAAGAGGCAGACCACGAGCACGACGCCGAGUACACCCACGACAGCGGCGCCUACGAUGCCAAUCGCGGAUCGUACAACUACUCGGCUCCUCCCGUUGGAUCCCUUGCCACCGAACACCACCUCUCUCCUGAGAUGACGGGUUCGCCCAACCACCCUCCUGCAUCAGGCCGUGCUACUCCCCGUACCGCCACUGCACCUCAGCCCUACUACUCCCAGCAGGCCGGCUACAGCACGCCUCCGCGUGUCGCUCAGCAAUCUUCAAGCAACCUCUUUAAUGUAAUCACCGACCGCAAUUCUGCAGCUGCUGGCGGUAACAAUGUUUACCAGACCCAGUCCGACAUGAACUCCAUGCCCAACGGGUACCCCUCACAGAUGAACGGUGCCUCGAGUGGCAUCAAGCGUGGUCGUGAUGAUGACGACGACCUGCAGCGUCCGCUGAGCGGUGGCAGCAUGGACAUGAAGCGCAGAAAGACGCUCAUGAACUCGGCUGUUCCCACGUAUGACACCAUGGCUCGCGCUCCCCCCGUUAUGGCUCAACAGCAGCAAGGAAGAUAG